UCAGCGGUUACAUUUAUAUGCAAAUAAAUUACGGUGCAGCGCAGUUUUGUUUUGAAACUUUUUGCGUGCAUUGUUGCUAUCCACGCAAAAAUAUUGUCUUUUCGUCGCAAUGAUUUUCUAAACCUCUUAAAAAACAACAAAACAAUGUCCCAGGAUCAGGUUCAUCUAAAGUUAGAUGCCUCUGCAUGUGCAUCUAUAGACCAAUAUCUUGAAUAUCGAAGAGUUGUUGGGGAUGAUGAUAGAGGGGUUCUCUUCACUCCAGAGCAAUAUGAGAACUACAAGAAAACGGUUGUACCAAAGAGAAUUAAGAACCGUUUGUUUGUAAGCUGGACAGAGCCUGGUGGAAUGGAUUGUAAACAAGUUGGUCCAGAAACACUUUGUUUUUGUAAGCACAGGUACAAACAACACAAGACAGAUUUUGAUGAAAUUCCAAGUACUCGUCCAAUUCGUGUUCCAUGCCGUGUAUCAGGUUGUCGAUGUUCCAGCUAUCAUUAUGUACCACUCAAUGGUACCCAACCAAUACGCUGCACCUGUAAACAUUUUGCUGACGACCAUUCUGAAACAAAGCCGUAUAAAUGUCUUAAAGGAUGUUCAUGUAAAAAGUUUUGGAGUGCUUUUACCUGUAGCUGUGGUAAUCCUGCACAUUCACAUAAGACUGUAAUUGAAACAAAAUCAGAACGCGAAGCACGAGGUCACCCAGUAGGUCAUGAUGUACCAUAUGCUGCUAUGGGCGGUCUCACAGGAUUUAGUUCAUUGGCAGAAGGUUACAUGAGAUUAGAUGAUAGUGGCAUUGGUGCUCCCUCUAAAGAAUUUCUUGAAAAACCAGUUGGGCCGGACGACCAUCCAUUUUUACGAGUUCACUCGGAUAUGGCUCGGUUAUCCUUGGAAGAAAUGAAAGACAUCCAGAAACCGGGAAUGACUAAAGAAGAAGCUGAUAUGGCAUACUUUGAAAAACGCUAUCAAGAGAGGUUGAAAGCAGAAAAGUCACAAGCAAGGGCAAGAACACAAGCAAAGCCAAAAUCGUUGCAAUCAAGAAAACGCUAAAGGUUCUUUGCUGCUGACUGAGGAAUCGACAAGCAUUGGUGUUUGUUUAGUAUUUGAAGAUGCGAUAAGGCUACUUUUUAAAGAACCACUGGCUUUAUUUGCUGAAGGUAAAGGAGGAUUUGGGUCAGUGACUGGACC